GAGAGUUUUGAGUUACGACGUUACGUGUCUUGUUUUGGAUUCAAGUUGACUUUCGUUUUGAACACUUGCUGGGUUGACUUUCGUUUUCAUACCAUUUUCUGAACUCGUCCUUCAAUGUCGUCGGUUAUACGUCGGGUUUUCUAGGUUAAUAACAUCAAUAACAUUGGUUAAAUCCACCGAGCCGGUUGACGGAUUCUGCUAAAACUUCUUAUUGGAUAAUGUUCGGCCUGUAGUGUUUAAAACUUGGAGCCUCAGUGUUUGCUGCAUCAUUGCACGCUGACAUCAUCAUCCAGCUGCACUGUCUCUGUUGUCGAGGAGCAGGAAGGUGCACAGGAAGUUUUAGGCUAUGUCUGUUUCUGUGGACUGCUACAUUUAUCUCUGAGAUAACACUGAAUAAUAAUAGGCCUUGACUCAGGUAAGGGUCUUCACUCUGCUACAGAGCAGGCAUGGAGCCCCUGGCAGUCGAUGAUGACAUCUGCAUCCUUAAACAUGAGACGGCCUACACCGCUGCUGGCGAGAGUCCUGUCUCGGUGUGUGCCGGCGACGAGUCUGUCGCCUCUCACUUUGCACUGGUCACAGCCUACGAGGACAUCAAGAAGAGGCUGAGAGAUACCGAGCGAGAGAAUACGCUGCUGAGGAAGAGGGUUAAGCAGCUGGAGGAUAAGCUCUUCAGGCCAGAUGCUCCUCCGUCGGAGGGUCCCCAGUAUGUGAACAAGGCCUUUAGUGCUUACCGAGGUAUCUAUAUAGAGAAGGAGGACCUGCAGCUGGAGCUGAACAAACUGAAAAAGGAGAAGAGUGAGAGUGAAAGGCAGCUGACGGAGCAGCUCCAGGCCAAAGAGCUGGAGCUGCUUCAGUUGAAGACGGACAUGGAGACCAGCCAAGGUACAGUGAUGAAGAGCUUGAACAGCCCUCAGGACUACUGGCAGGUGGACAGGGUCAGCACGGAGCAAAAGAUCCACAAACUGCAGGACGAGCUAGAGAGGAUGACACUGGAGAACAGUCGACUGCUGGAGAGAAGUGGGGAGGGACUUGAUGGCCUUAAUGGACCAGACCUGGACCAGACAUGUGACGCCAAGUAUAAAGCAAGGGAGAGAAACAUGCAGCAGACAUAUGAGGCUUUGUGCAGCGAAGUCACACAUCUGCAUUCAGAGCUGAAGCACCAAACUGGCCUGAUCAGGAAACUCAGGCCACUCAUCAGUGAGACCAGACAAGUUCCAAUCCAGUGUCGGGAUGACGUGGAAAAGAACAAUAACCACGCUGUUCCUCGGGUGUCAGUGCCUCGCCCCCCUAGUGCCCCCCCACUCCCCUCCUGCUCCGGCCGCCCCUGCCCCCCGGUCUGUGGGCCGUCAGGUGCCCUUCUGCCCGACAGUCUGAGGGAGGACUGCUGGUACAACGGACCCUGGCCCUCCCAGAGCUGCACAGGAGAGGUUCUGCUUGGAAGUGACACCUGCUCUGUCGUCCUGCCCCCGCCCCCUUUGAACCAGGCCUCCCUGGAUGACAGCUCGCGGUCCUUCCCCAGCCCCCCAAAACCCAGUGAUGCCAUGUUCUGGGAAGGGCACUCUGCUACAUCCAAUUCCUCUUCCUCUAUUGGAAACUGCACUCCAAGGAGCCCUCCCAAUGCCGAGUGGACCAAGCCCUACUGAGGGGAAUUUUGAGGGCGGGGGGAUAGAUGAUUGAAUAAAAAUAGUUGGAUGGAAAUAUAAACCAAUGGAUGAAUGAUUGGACUCUCCAACUCUGCCACAUAGCUACCACCUAACCUGCCUUAAGUUGAUAAGACCACUCCUCCUGGCUGGACUGGACUGCUCCUGCUGAAUGUGGGACCUGAUUUAGGCCAGAGGAGGCCUUGUUCGAGGUAAAGACUCUAUGAACUCAUUAAUCAGUCAUCUCUGCACACCACAUCGGUGAACAUAUCGGACUUUGUGGAGGAACAAAGUGGAUGAGAAUCCUAGCAGAAAUAAAUAGUUUGUCCGUGUGUAUGUGUCCUUUUAUGCACAUAUACAAGCAGUUUAAUGUGUGUGUGUGUGUAUGUGUGCAUAUACACACAUCAGUGUGCCUGUGUGUGCAGAUCGAUGUGCUGGCAUUGUUCGCCUGCCUGUAUCUGCAUCUCACCAUAAUAGACCUAAUGUGAUCACUGGGGCCACAGCAUAAUAAUAUAAUUUGUAAGUGUCCUCCCUCCAAUACAAGUCUUUUUACAUUUGAUCGCUGUAAAGUAUACAAAGUAUGUAGUCUGAUGUCUCACCAUCAUGUGGAUGAUAUUUUUAAGUAUGAAGACUCAAUGUGAUUGUUUUGUGCUGUGGUGGAGACAGACAUUCAGUAACUGUAGGAUAAUCACCCAUCAUUUUUGUUCACUUUUUUUCAGAUACCAAAUUAAGUCUUUGACAUCUUAUCUUUCCUUUGGAAGCUUUAACUUUGAUCAGUGAUCUUAUGGAUCAAUAUCAAAGUUAUCAACAUGUAUAGGCCUACUGAAUCAUUUGAGAAUGAGGUGACAGUAUUUUUUAUGGACAUUGCUAAAUGGCUAGGUAAUAUCUAAAUCUUUAAAAAAAGUAUAGCUUUAUGGAAUUAAACACUCCACCCUCACUUGCACCCGAAAAGACUCAACUGUUGUUGAUUUUAUAGAUAUUAGUCAACUCAAACAAGCCUCUCUAAACCUGCCUUUAUUCACAAAAUCGAUUCUCUCAGAACUACUGAACAUUUCUUUUGUGUUGUUUUUCUUUUCUCUGUUGCAAACAUGCCAGUCAAUGUAAGGCUGUGCAUUUUUGUAGGACUUAAAAUGUGAAGGACUCACUGUAUAGGCCUCAUGCAUACAAUCCCUUAUUUGAAACUCUUAAUAAGUUGGAAACCUGGUAAGGUUUGUGGAUAAUUCAAAAUUGCAGAACAUGUAUCUUAACUCUGUACUGUGCUGAUGUUAAUCUAGGAUGCACUUCUUUUGCAGUAAGACGUAAGUUAUUGUGUGAAGGUUUUUUUUUUUAGGGUCAGAUAAGUAUGAACAACUGAAGUAUGUACAACAGGGACACACAUGCUUAGAGGAUAAGAGACCUGGAGGGGAGAAGGUGUGAACCUGUAUAAAUGUAAAUGGUGGGCUUCAGUACUUUGCCAAAUGCAGUUUUGCACUUCAAACCAUAGGAUGUUUUGUUUUUUUCUCUCCACUUCUUUAGACUUCUGAUGUGUAUACGAGUCGUCUGCGGUGGUGGCGAGACAAUAAGUCUCUUAACGUGAAGAAAGAAAUGUGAGCUCUGACUUGAAAAGUAGGUGCACAAAUCACAAAGACCCAUGGUUGUUUUUUUUUUGUUUUUUGUUUUCUUCAGUCUGUUUCAUGAUAACUGUGGUCUGGUCUUUUUGUUAAUUUCUAAGAAAUGUUAUUUUACAGCAGUAGUUUCAUACUUCUGUAAACGAUUUGCAAACCAAAAUGCAAUGUACAGUAGAUAUGGAUUAUAUUUUAGAUUUACUGCAUUUCAGACUGUUUGUAAAUAUGAUCAAUUAAACUAAAGGACAGGA